CUUUGAAAUUAAAAUACUAUCAAAACGAAAUAUUUCCAUCGCGACUGAAGUUAAUGUUAGCACAAUAUUAACAAAUUCGGGUGUUAACUCACUAAAAUUUCUCAACAAAAGUGCAGGAAAAAAUGUUAGCAUAUAAUAUCAUUCAUUAAUAAUAUAAAAUUUCUACCAAAUAUGAUUCCUAUAAAACAAUAAAAAAACGGUGGAUGGUUAAUCAUUUUCGUGGAGUGUGCCAAUGACCCAUACCAUUUGCAAAAAUAAUAAAUUGGGGGUGAUAAUAAUUGCAAUUUGCAAGGCUGGACGGCAGCAAGCAUCGUCUGUUGAUAUAUCAUUUGGAAUCAAAUGGAUGGAUGAAUGGGUUUUGUUUGUUGUUUGUUGUGACGCUUAACCAAUUCAUUUCCCCGAUUAAAUAAAGUUUCACAAUUAAUAAUAAAAAAAUGACAGAGAUGGGACGCCUCAUGGCGUUUUUUAAUUUUUUUUUUAUUGGUUGUUCUAACACCAAAACUUUUUCCGGGCAAGAUAUUGUCUAUUUUGGGUCUCGACUCUCACGGUUUAUGACUAGUGGUGCAAUUCAGAGUAACUUUCCAUAAGGUCACACAUGACACAUCCUUGUUGUACUCCAUACUGAGCACGUUGAACUUCGUCCAUUUCAUCCCAAUAUGCGUCUUGUCAGUUAAGAUCGGUUUCUUACUUAUGAACUAUGGAUCUCUCUCGUGUUUUAUCAAUUUGAGAUUUGCCUAAGGUGUUACAGUUGUUCUUUAGAUUAAAAUUUAAACUUCUGCGAAACCAGGCUAGCGUAGCUGGUGGAGCAUCUCAGACAAGGUCCUGAGUUGGCUCCUCAAUGACAACGAUGAUCCUUAGAGUAGAAACAGGGGCGGACCCAAGUUGGUGGAAGGGUUGUCAAUUGACAAGCCUUGGAUCCAAACUUGGGACAAAAAGCCUUUGUAAGAUUUUGUUUUAGCAAUGAUAGUAUUCAAAUGCAAAAUUAUUUAACAACCCUUAAUGCUUUGGUCUAUUAUUGAAUACCCUUGAUAAUAUUUUUGGGUCCGACACUGAGUAGAACCUGACAAUGGUAAGAUAUCCUAGCGGUGCAGCCGCGUAGGUCGUUCCAGAAUGUGUGAGGUCCUGGUAGGGGUAGGCAAUCGGUUCGGUACACCCGAACCAAACCGAAUUAAACCGAAACCGAAAUAACGCUAUUCGGUUCGGAAUUCAUAAGGAAAAUAUGGAUAUUUUGGAAACCAGGGUUCUUUCAAUCGAACCGAAUUUCUGACCGAAAAACUGAAAUACUAUAAUUGCAAGCUCCAAAUGGUGGAUUUUUAUGUUUAUAUUUGUUUUUAGACUUAAAGAUUUGAAAUGUUUUAUGACUUAUGUGUUGAAAAGUUUGAUUUUAUCAUUGAUGAUGCAUAUAAUUGAAUGUAGAAAGCAAUACUUAGCAUCACAAAAAAAAACAUGGAGCGAGGAGCUCUCUCCUCUCUCCUCAAAGCUUGGUGGUCGACGAUCCAAUGGCUUUUGAGGACGGCCGGCAGGACUAUAGCAUGGUCGUUAGCUCUUUCCCUGGAGGUGGCGCUUGCGAACCAAGGCUUCCAAGAUCUCUUUUAUAGUGUGCGCCUUCACGGUGUUCAGUAUGGUGAUCAAGGGCCCUGCGCUACUAGUAAAGAAAAGUGCAACUUACACCCUCGCCGGAAUAAGAUUGUGUUGCCAAUUCCAAGUAAACUACCCAGCUUUAAGGCGACGAAAGGUGAACCGGGUCCUGGCCACCUCAAACGGAAAAGACGUCCGGCCAUGGAUCCAGUGCAGACCGGUCCUCAAGAAAAACGAAGUCGGUACUGCAAACGUUAGGAUGGCGAUUCAAUAUCCCCUCUCCCGGUGAAUUAGAAGGAGAGGAGUGGGAUUUUCCUGCAAUUGAGAGUAGGGAUCCUGCCAUAAAAAAAUAUAUGCGAGAUGACCCUGCGUCGACUGAAUUUAGAUCCCGGAAUGAGAGGAGGUCGGUCGGAAUGCAAGUGUGGAGAUUCAAACUCCCGUCGUCCGAUGAGUUCGAUGGGGAAGAGAAGACGGAUAUGCUCCCGUGUGUUAUUUCUGCCCCGGUAUUGGAAAUUGAUGUGAAAGGAGGUAGGAGGAAGCCAGGAUUCAGAUCCCGGAAUGGGGCAAAGUCUGGGGAGAGGAGAGACGGGCGGUUAUCGAAUGCCGGUGCGAGCGGCUCCCGUCCGGUGAGCUCCGUCUGGUUCGACGUGGGUCGACGGCCAUCGUGCAUUAGUAUACCUACUUGGAGUUGGACUCCCACCAAACUCAAUGAGGCCCUAACUUCUCGUCUCGGUGACACGGCUCCUAACCUCCAGUGCAUCGUAAAACGCAUUGGGAUAUCUACGCAAAUCGAGUGUAAAAACCGUAAUAAGAGAUUCCUAACUCA